CUGUUUAUGGCUAUAUAUGACCUAUUGUUAGUGUUCUAUGAUCUGCAGCUAUUAGACCUUUUGCUGGGGGAAGGGCAUGAGGCACUUUUCCGACGUGCAGAGUUGAAAACACUGGUGGAUUUGCAUAGCAAUGAGGCUGGCAAAGGGGGAGAAUUGACGCAUGAUGAGACAACAAUUAUUGCAGGUGCACUUGAACUCUCUGAGAAAACAGCAAGGGAUGCGAUGACACCUAUAUCCGAAACAUUUGCAAUUGAUAUCAAUGCCAAACUGGACAGGGAUUUAAUGAAGUUAAUACUGCAGAAAGGGCACAGCAGGGUACCAGUUUACUACGAGCAUCCAAGAAAGAUAAUUGGUCUUAUACUGGUGAAGAAUUUAUUAACCAUACAUCCAGAAGAUGAAGUACCUAUAAAGAAUGUCACCAUUCGCAAGAUUCCUAGGGUUUCUGAGACAAUGCCAUUAUAUGACAUCCUAAAUGAGUUUCAGAAAGGUCACAGCCAUAUGGCUGUUGUUGUAACACAACAGAGUGAAACAGGGCAUAAAGCCAGUGAACAUUCAGACAGAGAUGUAAGGGUAGACAUUGAUGGUGAAAAGCAUCCCCCAGGGAAAUGUUUAGCACGCAAGAAUUCAUUUAAAAAGUGGAAGAGUUUAGAUGCCAAUGCAAAGAAAGGAGCCUCCAAGAGCAAGAAAUGGAGUAAGGACUUCGAUUCAGAGAUUUUGCACUUCAAUGAUACGUCACUACCCUUGACCACAGGAGAGGCAGAAGCUAUUGGCAUUAUAACAUUGGAAGAUGUCAUUGAAGAGCUAUUGCAGGAGGAGAUCUUUGACGAGACAGAUCUCCGUGAUGACAGUUAACAACUACGGACCUAGAUUCAGUACAACAGACUCGUAAGUGAAGAAUUUGAUUUAGCUUACCAAGCUGGAAGACCCACAGGCCACAACUUGAAAAGUCUCUUGAGUUUUAUUAUAUACGUUGCUUCCUUCCUUGGAUGAUCAUUGAAGUUGGGCCCUGAAACAAUAGCCAUUGAUGAACAACUCACAGCAUUCAUAAUAGCAUCAAAGUAAAGAAUUAUUAGCGAGUCAAAAUUAGCAGGAUGUCUUAGUUUCAUUAGAUAAAAAUCCAGGUGUUUAAGUCUCCCUGAUUCUGAUAACCAUAAGCAUAGUGUAAGUGCAGCAUUGUUGUAUGAGAAUAUGUUAUCUUUUCAAAUUUAUUCACAUAAUGGACAUGGUACCUAUACCAGCACAACUAAAGUCAAAGGGUAUUU